AUGGGCGACAUGAUUAGAGACCCCUCCCCCGCAUCAACCGAAGCAACGGCAGCCCCGCGUGGAGGAGCACCGGCGGCACCGCAACAAAAGCAAAACCAGCUGUUCCUCGGCACUUUUAUACACUCCAAGACCCGCGAGGAGCUGGAUUACCUCCACGACACGGCCAUCUGCGUCGAUGCCACGGGUACCAUCGUUGCCGUUGAGAAAUGCGGCAGCCGCGCGGAAGCGGAGGAGGUGCUGUUCCCCAAGCUUGGGUGGGAGAAGGGGGAUGUGAAGGUGCAUGUCGGAAAGGAGGUUCAAUUCUUCUUCCCCGGGUUCAUUGACACCCACGUCCACGCAUCGCAAUACCCCAACGUCGGCAUCUUCGGCAAGUCCACACUCCUAGACUGGCUCAACACCUACACCUUCCCCCUGGAAUCCAGCCUCGCGGACCUCAAGAAGGCGAAGCGCGUCUACACGGCCUGCGUCAAACGCACCCUCGCCCACGGCACGACCACGAGCGCCUACUACGCCACCAUCGACGUCGCCGCCACGAACCUCCUCGCCGACAUCUGCCUCGCCCUCGGCCAGCGCGCCUUCGUCGGCCGCGUGUGCAUGGACCGCCCCGGCCUGUGCCCGGAGUACUACAAGGACGCGGACGCCGCCGACUCGCUCCGCAAGACGCGCGAGACCAUCGCCCACCUCCGGCGCAUCGACCCGGGCUUCGAGCUCGUCGCGCCGGUGCUCACACCGCGCUUCGCGCCGUCGUGCUCGGAGGAGGCGAUGCUGGGGCUGAGCGCGCUACAGCGGGAGCUCGACGUGCUGGUGCAGACGCACAUCUCGGAGAACCAGAGCGAGAUCGAGCUGGUGGCGGAGCUGUUCCCGCAGAGCGAGAGCUACACGGACGUGUACGACGGCAUGGGCCUGCUCGGGGAGAAGACGGUGCUGGCGCACGCGAUCCACCUGUCGGAGGCGGAGGCCGCGACGAUCGCGGCGCGCGGGGCCAAGGUCAGCCACUGCCCGUGCAGCAACUCGAGCAUCACGAGCGGGGCGGCGCGGGUGCGGUGGUUGUGGGAUAAGGGGAUCGAGGUCGGGCUCGGGACGGACAUGAGUGGGGGGUACAGCCCGAGCGUGCUGGAGGCGGCGAGGCAGGCGGCGCUGGUGUCGCGGCACGUCGCGAUGGGGCUCGAGGGCGCGGAGAAGGAGAGGGCGAAGCUGACGGUGGAGGAGGUGCUGUACCUGGGCACGAGGGGCGGGGCGAAGGUCGUCGGGCUCGGGGAGAGGAUUGGCGGGUUCGAGGUGGGCAUGCAGUGGGAUGCGCAGCUGGUUGAGCUGGGUGUUGUUGAUGAGGAAGGGGAGAUUGAGGGGGGUAUGGAUUCGAAUGUGGACGUGUUCGGGUGGGAGAACUGGGAGGAGAGGGUUGCGAAGUGGGUGUUCAACGGGGAUGAUCGGAAUACGGUUGGUGUUUGGGUCAAGGGGAGGUUAGUUCACUCGAGGAAGUGA